AGGCUGUUGACUAGGUGGCAGCCCCAAGGGAAAUCGCCAGAAACAAUAACACAGAGUGCCUGCCUAAAUUAAUUGUUAGCAACUUACUGCUCGUUUCGCCUCCGUUUUGAGCCAUGUCCACGCUGAACAGACCAAAGUCCCCGCAUACGCCCACGGCCAUCAAAAAGGGCGAGAAGGAGGACAGCUUCUGGGACAAAUUCAGCACCCUGGGACGCAAACGCGGCACCCGCGAAGUGAAGAAAGUCCAGGAGGAGGGCAAGUACGCCAUCGACUCACCCGGAUCGCCCAGUCAAUAUGACAUCCCGCCCGAGGAUUACGCCUUGCGCGAACACGAGCAGCGCGCUGUCAUCGAUCCUCAGUCUAUCAACGAACCGGAGGUGAUCAAACUGCAGCGCAUUCUCGUCGACUGGAUCAACGACACGCUGGCCGAGCAGCGCAUCAUCGUCCAGCAGCUGGAGGAGGACAUGUAUGACGGCCAGGUGCUGCAUAAGCUCUAGAAGCUCACCGGCAAGAAGCUGGACGUACCGGAGGUCACGCAAUCCGAGCAGGGUCAGCACGAGAAGCUCAACAUUGUCCUCAAGGCGGUCAAUCACACACUGGGUUUCCAUCAGAAGAUACCCAAAUGGUCGGUGGCCAGCGUGCACUCCAAGAACAUUGUCGCCAUCCUGCAUCUUCUGGUGGCACUGGUGCGCCAUUUCCGGGCACCCGUCCGUCUGCCGGAGAACGUGUUCGUAACUGUGGUGAUUGCGGAGAAGAAUGCUGGCGUGCUGAACGCUCAGAAAUUCCAGGAGCAAAUCACUUCCGAAUACGAUGACCUGGGCAUGCGCUGCGAGAAGGAUGCCUUCGAUACCCUGAUCGACUGCGCGCCCGACAAGUUGGCCGUGGUAAAGAAGUCACUGAUUACGUUCGUAAACAAGCAUUUGGCCAAGCUUAACUUCGAGAUUAACGACCUGAACACGGACUUUCGCGACGGCGUCUACUUAUGCCUGCUAAUGGGGCUGCUUGGUGGCUUCUUUGUGCCGCUGCACGAGUUCCAUUUGACGCCCCAGGACGUCGACCAAAUGGUGAGCAACGUGGCCUUCGCAUUCGACUUGAUGCAGGACGUGGGCCUGCCCAAGCCAAAGGCGCGACCGGAGGACAUUGUCAACAUGGAUCUGAAGUCCACCCUACGCGUCCUCUACAGUCUGUUCACCAUGUUUAGAGACUACGCCUGAGCCAGAGUCGGUUAGCCACCGAUCGAUGCCAAUUUCACAUUUUAUAUUAAUUUUUUGUAAUGUUUACACGCGUAAUUUAUGUGCCUUCUAACGGACGAUUAUUUAUGUAUGUCGUAUGUUAUGUCUAACCACUGCUCCUCGCCCCUCUCAUCAGUCCUCCCCAGGCAACUUGGGCGGAGUGGGGCGCAGCUAACCCAAACCGACGGCCAGUUGUUAACUUGUCUUACUCACGUACCAGCCGUAGUAGUUGUUACUAAAUGAAUUUACUGUAUUAAUACACAAUAAACGAGAAUAUGUGCUAUCAAAUCGA